AUGGCGUCGAAAAAUAUCACCAGUGACAGUGGCAUAAGUCUUUUUCCCGAGAAACAAAAAACAAAAAUUGCCGUCAGGGUAGCUCAGUCUAGCAGUGAUAGCGAGGGCAGCUCAGAUGAAGGAACAGCACGUGACAGUCGGAGCAGCCGGAGGACUUCGCGUAUUCCCAUUCAGGGUCUCCACCAGAGUAGCGUAAGUGACGUAUCUGAAGAUGGUCAUGAGAAAACAAAACCAACAGUGACCGAUUCAGGUGGGUAAUAGUUUUAUUUACCAUUGGAAACAAAAUUUUUUCCGUGCGCUACUGUUACAUAAAUUUCCCGCGUUUUCAAGGUGAACGACUACACACGACUUUAUCACGGGUGAAUCUAGAUCGAGAGGGAGUUGCAUUAUUUUUGACACAUGACACUAGACAUUCUCGUUCAAUUUCAAUUUUCCGGACCCUUCAUUUUGGAAAGAGCGAGAGUAGUACAUUUGGACCGAGAAGUUGUAUCCUGGAGGCGACACAAUAUAUGGGUGACUCGUGUUGCUGGUUCUCUCCCUUGCUCUGCAAGAUUACACCUAGGAUACUUAAGUUUAAUAUAUUACUUUUCAUUCAUUUAUUUAUUCAAUUUCUUUUUCGUGAACAUUUUUGUUGGUAGGGAUCAAUCUGAAGCAAGGACAAGUCAAAAAACUGCUCGUAAAGGAAUCGUCUACUAAGACAAGUAAAAUCGCACCUUUUGAAGGAAAAAGGAACAAGAAGCCUAAAAUUAGACUGAGUCCUCGAGAAACAAGAGCAAGUACAUUAAGAAAAGAAGCCCAAAUAAAAAAGACGGCCUCUUUGGAUAGCAAGAAAAAUGUUAAUCAGGUAACAUUUUUUUAAACUUUUAUUCAGGGAGUUUGUUAUUAAAAAAAUCUAAAAAUACGCUUAAGGGUCAGGUAUAAAAUACUAUUAUUUAAGUGCUGAUCAACCUAUUAAACUAUCAUAAAUUCUUGUUGAAGAUCCAAUUCUAACUUAACACUCCUGUUUAGCAGGCGUUAAAAGGGAAAGAGAAAGCCGAGAAAGGGCCGGGGAAUUUGCGCGCGCAAAUCGUGCUCUCGCUCGUCCAAAUUCGCCCUAUCCGAGCAAGAUCUGGGCAAGACAAAUCUGACAAAACACCACAUUGAUACGGGAAACGCAAGAUCUAUCAAACAGCAUCCCCGCCGCACCGCACCGGCAAAGCGUGUAGAAAUCGAGAGGCAAGUUGAAGACUUGUUGCAGCGAGACAUAGUUAAGAAAUCUAGCAAUCCGCGGUCUUCUCCCGUAGUACUAGUGACAAAAAAAGAUGGUUUCCAAAGAUUCUGCGUUAAUUACAGGCAAGUGAAUGCGGUAGCUAUCAAGGAUGCUUAUCCGCUGCCACGCAUUGACGUUUCUUUGAGCGCGCUUUCCUUUUUCAAAAUGAUUCAGCACGCUGGAUUUGUGUUCAGGGCACUGGCAAGUCCCCAUGGAUCCAGCUAGCAGUGGAAAGGCUGCCUUCGUGACUUCCUAACGAUUGUAUGAGUGGACCGUCAUGACCUUUGUGUCUUACGUCAUCACCAAGUACUUUUUAGCGGUUAAUGGAACCGAUCUUGUCAGGACUUAAAUUUGAGACCUGCUUGAUUUAUUUAGAUGACUUCAUUGUGUAUGGGAAACGUUCGCAGAGAAAAUGGAACACUAAGAGGUUUUCGCACGGUUUAAAUCUGCUGGACUUAGGCUUAAACCAAGCAAAUGUGUGCUGUUUCAGUAGAGCAUCACGUACAUGGGCCACAUUGUGUCUGAAAGUGUUAUCGAGACAGACCCGGCUAAGGUAGAACGCGUGUGCGAUUGGCCAGUGCCAGAGAAUGCGUAUGACGUAGAGGUUCUUAGGACUUUCCGGCUAUUAUCGGCGCUUUAUUCUUACUUUUGCUAAGUGGCCAGACCGCCUCACAAACUUAGUGAAGCUCAGACAUGUGGACCAUGCUUGGACUCCUGAGUGGCAGUCGUCAUUUGACAAGUUGAAGACCUUUUUGUCAACUGCCCCAGGUGGAGUCUGAAGGGUUUGAGACAGAGUAAACGGAAAAGCAAGACAAACAGGGUGAAACAGAGUUCUUGUCAGCUAAAACUGAACAAUGUCCACCAAGUCAGCCCGACUCUAAAUGAAUCACCAUCCGAUGGGAGUCAUCUUGGACUCAAAAGUACCUUAAUGGCCAACAAAGAGAGGACACCAGCCUCAAGGUCAUAAUCCAAUUCAAGGAGGCAAGCGCUGUGAGGCCGAAGUUGGAGGGUGUUUCUCCAUAUGACCGCCCUGUGAAGACACUUUUGGCCCAAUGGGACCAGCUGGAGUUCCGAGUUCAAGUAUUAUGUUGGAUAUAGCAAGAGGAAAGUGGUUCCAGAGCCAAGUGCGAGAUCAUCCUCCCCUGAGAACUUCCAAGAGACUGCACUAAGAGCACACCAUAAGCAUACUACUGCGUGUCACCGGGAUGUUAACAAAACACUUGGAGCACUCAGGGAUCGAUACUGCUGGCCAGGACUAACUUCACACUUGAAGAAGUGGGUCAGAGCUUGUCAUGAGUGUGGAGCCAAAAAUAACUGGGGUAAGAGGAAACGUAGCAGUAUGUGGUCAUUGACUUAACGGACUACUUCACAAAAAAGGCGGAAAGCUAUUUUAUCCCGAACAAAGAAGCUUCCACUGUACCUGAGAAGUUAUAUGAUUAGUGGGUGAAUUUAUCUGUAGUUUUGGGCUUCCAAGGGAGAUACACAGCGAUCAAGGGACUAACUUUGAGUCCAAAGUUAUGUCAGAAGUGUGUAAGCUCUUGGAAAUUGAGAACACGAGAGAACACGGCUAGGUAGAAUGUUACAAUUGAUCAUUGAUGGAAAUGCUUCGAGGCAAGUUGAAAGAGAGUCAAGACGAUUAGGACGUGCAAGUUCCCACAUGCAUGACGGCGUACAGGAGUUCGCCGUCUACAAGGAAACUGGGCACCCUAGCACCUUACACUGUGGACAGUGUUCUUUAAGGGAGGGGGUAGUGUAGCGAAAGCUUAUAGCGUCUAUACCCCUGUUGGGGAAUUUCUCCUCCCCAGUCCACAAGGGGGAUUUUGUAAAGUAGUUUUACGGAUGAAUAACACAUGGCUGCCUGUUGAACUGUUGUGUUUGUUAUGUAUACGUUUAUGUGUUCACAAAUGAGUUCACCGCACUCUUCAUAAUAUGGGCUCAUAUAUAAUAUGUACAGAUUCAGGAAUCAGAGGCAUAAAACUAAUUGGUUAAUUGACAAUGUAAAUUACGGAACAAAUACAUUGCCAAAUGCGUAAAUAUUAUAAAAAUGGUACUAAAGUAAAUAUCCUGAACAAAACAGAAAUAAUAUAAUAAAAUAUCCAAAUAUCAGUAAAAAUCAAUACAGACUAAUGAAAUGCGAAGUUACUUCUUUUUUAGAUCAGCUGGAGGUUAGACACUUGAAUGUUUCAUCAUUAAAUUCAAUCCAUAAUUUAAGUCCAUUUAAAUCGAAUAUUAAGUUUGCCAUAAUUUGCUCGGACCUUUUUUCAAAAAAUAUUUAGCAAAAACCUUCAACCGUCUUUUCUUUAGAAAAAAUUGAAAACAACGUUCCUCAACAACUGCGAUAGAGGUCUUGUAAGGGAAUUCACGGACGAUGAACUCCAUGAGAAAGGUGGAAGAGAGAUGGAUGAGGAAGUUGAAAAAACAGUCUCUAAGGAAGAAAAAGAAGCGCAUCAUUCCCCAUUUAAGAUGGGUGAUGAAACCAAGUAAGUUAUACUAAAGAUGAUCUUUUUUGAGGCUAUGUUCACACUGUAACGGAUAGCUUUUGCACCGCCACGAACAUCAUGCCGGAUAGAACUAUUGUUCACAGAAAAGAAGGCUUCUGGCAGCGCGAUUUCUGUGACGGAGCAAAGCUGCGCUGCGCAGCGCCGAUCUCAAGUUAAAAGUGGAGCGUCACGUGUCGGACAGUUUUAGCGCCAUACUUGGUACAGUGUGAACACCUAUUCGCACACCGUCGCGGCAGAAAACGUAAAGGAGCGAGGACUGAAACUCACUGAAACGGAAGGAAAUAUUCAGGAGUGUGGACUGGAAUUUAGGGCACGAGCCCUCUACGCCAAACGCGCGUGCAUGACGUUCGAUGUGUUGUGAACAACUUGUGUCGCCCCAUCCGGCGCCUCAGGCUCUUCAUACUAUAAUGAUAGCUUCUCGUGGCGCCAAGAAACGCUAUCCGUUGUAUGAACAUAGCCUAAAGCAAUUCGCCCGUCCAUGAAUAAACAUAUAUACAGUCGAACCUCCAUGUGCGAUCACCUCCCAUAAGCGAUGUCCAACUCAAAAUACCAAAUUUUCCCAGUCAAAGCCUUACAGUUGGAACCUCUAGUAAACCACCACCUCCUGUAAGCGACCGCGACCACCUUUUGGCUCUGAUGGUUAAUGGUUUUCCAUUGUUUUUAACCCCUUAUUAUACACCGCUGAAAGUAUGUAAAUAUUCAAAAGCGUUGAAAAAAGGUGACAAACACGAUAUAACUACAAAAUUCGGCCAAUUUAUAUAUCUGUUCCUUUGUACUCACUUGAAUGUUUAUUUAUUUAUGUAGUGAUAAAGAUAAUGAGCACUCGUUGUCCGAGGAUACCCCAUCUUUUGAUGCAAGCCUCUUGCCGCUCAGCCCAGAGACUGCUGUUGUUACAGAAAUGCCACAGAUCAGCUCUCAUCAGGACAAACUUUUGGUCGCGGAGUUUAAUGGUGUAGUAGAGGAUGACCAGGUCACUUGUGAAAACAACAAGUACGUAAGACAUGAUGUUUAGACCACAGAGUUUCACUGAGAGUUAGUUGCGUCAAUAAAUAGCAACGUUCAAUCAUGAAACAUGCAUACAUACGAACAAAAAGGCCUGAUUUGCUUAGUUUAAAAAUUUUUAUCGUGCCGGUCUGUAUGGUCUUGGCUUCAUGAAAGUUAUCGUGCAUUUGUUUUCUGCUAACGUAAAAAGGAAAUAUUGCGUUUUGCUGAUCGAUGUCAGCCUUCUUUGAGUUAGCAGUAUACUUAUUCAUUUUGUCAUCCUUCAAGUGCAAAUACCACUGACAACUCAAUUUCCUAUGUUAUUCUUAUUUUCAAGGGAGGAAGAGGUAGGCUCAAUGCAGUUGAAAGAACAGCUUGCGGUGGAUAGAAAGGAAGAGGAGGUGGAAAACAAUUACUCAGAUGACAGCUUCGAGGAAGGAGACGAUGAGGAGGUGUCGUCUUCAAUAGAGGAACGAACUCCAACAUUUGAGUUUAACUUGUCACCACCCAGCAUUAAUAUUAGCGAAUGCAAGGACUCAAAUCAGUCCUUGGGUCAGGAGAAGAUUCCCCGUGACAACGAAGAUGACACUAUCUCGGACAUCAGUGAUCUCGAAAACCAGCCAGUAUCAUGCGAAGAAUCUACAGACAUCAUCACCAGAGGGUCUUUACGGAGACAAAGGAGUAGCUGGGCAUUGUUUGAUGAUGAUCCUGCAGGUGAGACAGAGUGUAAAGCACCAAGGGACGAAAUGGUUGAAGACUGUGAAGCCAUUGAAUACGAACGCCAACACUAUUUUGGCGACGCUGAAAUGGGCAGUGAAAGGAAACAUUUUGAUGACGAAGAAUUAGACCGCAUGGAUGACGAAAUUUUUGGGUUGCUCCGUCCCUCUGGUCAGUCUUCCAGAGUUUCUAUUGUUUUUCCUGGCGACGACAUUGUAGGCUCCCAGAAAGACACCUCAUCUAGAAAGAGAAGGGUUCGAAUAGCUAUUGAGCCUGAAGUGUUCCUGGUGCCAUUUAGCUCAAGAGAAUUUGAAGAACCAUUUUUUGAAGACACUGAAAGCACUCCGGAGGAGACGGAAAUCGAAUCACCGUGGAAAAAUAUGAGUUUGGUCCUGUUUUACGAGGGUUCUGAAGAACGUAAAGAUGACGGUGAUGAUUGUAUUGAGGAAGAUAUACCUGAGGAAAUCUGUAUGGACGAUCCUGGUUCUGAGAAUGAAGACAAUAUAGGUUCUGAAUCGAAUGGUCUGGUUAAACAAGGCAGUUUGUCUACGAAUGUGGAAGACACACAGACCACUCCUGAUGUAAGUCUCAUCCGUGAGAAAGAACUUUUUAGCAACGAAAGGGAAACAGCAGAAGAGGGCAAUGGCUCUGUUGGGGCGGAUGAACUCAUGAAAGGUAUUUCUGCUCCUACAGUCCAAAGACAUUUGGACUUCAAAAACGAUCCACAAUCUAAGGCAUUUGCUGAUGAUCUGGACGAUUUGCUUGAUAGUGCAGAGGAAGAAAUACAAGCUGCAAUCCACUGUGGAAAAAGUAAUCUUGCUGCAAAGGAAUAUUUGCAUUUACCAAGCGAAAUAAGUGGUUCUAAGGAGGAAGACCUCAGCCAUGGCAUUGAAAACCCCCCUGUUAGUAUUAAAGGCAUGGUGCAUCUCCCAGAUGAUGAAGAAAAAAAGGACAUUUCCAUGGAUGAACAAGAUAGCCUGCGUCGCAGCGAGCAGGAAGAGAUCCCAGAGGAAAGUAUUUCUGAGGAAAUAAAUCUCGAAGAGUUUGAUAUAGGAACCCAGAGUUUCUUUAUAACUAGUACCGUGGUAACAAGUAAAGAUGAAACCUUUUUUAACACAACAAUUACCGAUGAAUUGAAAUUCGAUAGCAAAGGUCUACUGAAACCCGUCACGGAGCAUAAGCAUCAUUCAGAAAACAAUUCUGAUGAUAUAAAAGGGAAUGAUCAAGUUCAGGAGAAAGACAUAUGCUUGGAAUCUAAUUCAGAUACAAUUCCAUGUCAAAAGACGUAUGCUACUGAAUCAAUUGCUUUCAAGGUAAGGCUACACAAUGCCGAGCAGAAAGAGUUCCAAACUAUGAAAGAGGGAAUCGAAACUGACAUAAUUCAAGACGAUUACGUGGAACAACAGAUUUUCAAACUACUUGUUCGGCGUAGCUACUGAAAACUCUUGCCUUUACAGGAAUUCCGCCGUGUCCCUAUGCCUUCACCACUUUGCAAAGUAAGGUGGCUCCCUCUUCUGCUACUAUUUCUUACACCGGGAUCAGUUUCUGGACAAAAUAGCCGUGAUAACGAAAAUGCUUCUCAUUAUGGCUUUGUAAAACAGGAAAAGGGGGAGCAUUUAAUUAGAGAUGAUAGCCUAUAUAAUGUAACAGACCAAGCAAUCGAUGAAUCUUCAAAUACUAGGAAAGACUGCGAAGUUAAGAAAGUGAAAACUACCAUGUCUAAAGUGUUGAAGAAAUCAGCAUAUACUCGGAGUAAGAGUUUCAGUUUUGAGAACGAGCGAGCAGGCAAGAAAGUAGCAUAUUCCGAUGAUCAGUACGUAAACGACCUUCACGCGGAGAUCAAGGCUUUAAGGAAAAUCAACGAUCAGCUUAGAUUUGAGCUGAACGAUAAAGAUGAAGAAAAAUACACCAUUGUGUGCAUGAUAAAUUCAGCUAAUAUUGAGAAUGAGAAGCUCAUGGAGCAGCUUGAUAGUCUGGAGAGUGAAAUGCAAACAUUACGGUCGGAGAAAGAAAACAUUGAAUUAGAGUUAAAUAAAAGUCGCGACAGGGAGAUAGAAACUUCUCAAGGAGGGUGUUUCCUAGAGGAACUUCACCAGGAGCUCAAGGCGUUGACAAGCUACAACAAAGAGCUUGAAAUUCAGCUGGAAGAGAACUUGAAACAAAGACGUAACAUGGAUUCUGUCGUGGAGCAAGUCAACCUUGAAAAUGAGAGUCUUUUAGAGAGAUUGGAUGGUCUGGAAUCAGAGUUGAAAGAAGCAACGGUUAGCAAAAGAGCUCUUGAAGCCGAAAUAACAGAAUGUAAAGAGAGUCUCGAGCAGAAAAAGUACGAAAAUGAAAGUCUUUCUCAAGAACUUGAGAAGCUAAAAGAUUUACAUGCGAGAACAGGCAGCAAAAGUUUGGAGCUCUGUGGCAAAAAGAAGGCGUAUGAAAAUUUCUAUGGAGAGCCGGACACAGUGACAGGCUUAAGUGUAGCUCAAGAGAUCAAACAAGUCUCUUCUUCUUUUGUACAGAUGAGUAAUGAGGUUAAAAACAUCAUGCUUAAAGUUCUAGAGGAUUCUCAACAGCAUCAAAGUGACUGUGAAACAAACUUGAAGCGGAUAAAAGAAGAAUACCUUCAAACUGUCAACCUGCAAAAUAACUUCGGGUUCAGGGCCUUGAAACAAGGCAUUGAAGAGCUGAAAGUUCAGCUAGAGGAUAAUGGUAACAAAGCGGUCAAUUCUACUAAUAUUGAACGUGAGAAGUUACUUGAGCGAAUUGAUGGCCUUGAGAACAAACUGAAAGCUGCGUUAAAAGAAAAGGAUGAGACUGAGAAAGAGGCAAUCAAUACUAAAGCUGGGGAAGAGCAGAGAAAAAAAGAAUUAGUGAGUCUACGGGAUGCCAUGCGAAUGGAGACGAAAUUGGAUCAAGAACGGAACGAAAGAAAAGCAGUAGAGGAAAAGUUUAGGUUAAUGUCAAUACAGUAUGAACAAAGUGAGGCAGCCAAGUUGAUGAUUUCAGAGAAGAUGGAUAGAAUGACGGUCGAAUUAAACACAUUAAAGAGCAGAUUAAGAACCAGCCUUAGCGAUGCAUUCGACUAUUCCUAUCUUCGGGAAGAAGUAGAACUGUUAAAAGGUUCAAUUAUGAUGAGCGAGAGGAAGGAAAAUGCCUGGAAAAAAGCGCUUAUAUCCAGGGAAAUGGGAGCCUCAUCUGAUAGUUAUGAUACAGAGUUUUCUGAUCAGAAAGAACCGUAUAAAAACAGAAAUGAAAAAGAGAGACGAGAAUUUGCGAUGGGAAAUUCGUUGAUCCUGCAGGAUUUAGACCAGUCUUGGGGAAAACUGAAACCCUCCGGGUUGCUUGCCUUGAGAAAUUUGGAGAAACAAAUGAGAACCAUUUACGAAGAGCUUCGACAACUUAGAGAAGAAAAUAUGCGGAUUCUGAGGAAAGGCAAAAAAGAGAAGAAGUGCUAUAAGAAAGUAAAGAAAUGGUUUGCAUAUAAUGAAAGGGAUAUAAAAAUCUUGAAGCAGUCUUUUGAGAAGGAAGUACGAGAGGAGAAGGAAGAUAGCAAUGAAUUAAAAAGUCGAAUCCAGAAGGACAUGGAACAAAUCACACUCAUAUUAAAGCGAGUCGUAGAAAAUAAAGAAGAUCAUGUAAAUAAAAUAAUGCAAACUGUUGAUGAGCGGUUGGUAGGACAAAUGAAAGUAAUUAAGGCUUUGACGGAUAGAACGUUAUUGAGUUUAGAGAGCAACCAGUUGGAAUGCGAAGUCAACAAAUGUGAUCUAAAGAACGAAAAAGCAAAGGAGAUGGAGAACAGAUUCUUCGAACUAAAAAGAUGUCUACAAGAUAAAGAAUUGGACUUGGACAAUUGCGAAAGGAAACUUAGAGAAAAAGAAGGGAGAAUUGAAGAGCUGCAUCGACAGCUGCUGACCAAGGAAGAACGUAACAAGCAUUUAAGGAGGUCACUUGAUGAAGCCAAAAGCAGUGCAAUAAAACAAGUCAAGGACAAAGAACGCGAUAUCAUUCAGCUUCGUCGUCUAGUUAUUACUAAUGGCGAUAAAGAUGUAGAAAUGUUUAAAGAAAAAUUGAGCGAGAUGAGCGAGGACUUGGAGAACGCAAAGGGGACAAUUGCACAGAGAGAGACAGAAUUAAUGGAGGCCAAAGCGUCUCUUUGUAAAGGAGAUGAGCUAUUAAAUAUGUUUAAGGACACUUUGAUUGAGAUACAACAAGAACUGCAGCUUUCAAAGAGAGAGCUGAUGGAGAAAAAUGCGGCAUUAGAACGCGCUGAGCGGCACACUGAGGAGCUUCUUAACUCUGCAAAAACUAAAACCGGCGAAAUAGGCGUGACGAACAAACUUGGUCACAAAGUGGUGCGAGAUGUGGAGCGGGUGGAAAAGCUAAAACAGGGAAGGGGAAGUAUUACAACGUUUGAUGAAUCAUUUAAGCAGAUGACAACGACUGAUAAACUUUUGUGUAGUGAUCAGUUAAAUGCAAAAAAUGAGGAAGAGGGUUCGAUUAAUCAAGUAAGAAUGCAUCUUGCAGAAAAGGACAGGGCCAUUGAGAAGUUACAAUCUGAUGUGACGCAGCUCAAGGAAGAUUUAGAUCGCGCCACUUAUUCAUUAAAAGAGAAAGACAUCGAACUCAAAAGGCUAAUUGAAUACUUUAAGAAGGAAGAAGAAGAACUGGGUGUUUCAAAUGGGAAAAUCAAAAAAUUAGAAGAGGAGAACGACGUUCUGCAAAAUAAAUUAAAGCAGUUUACUGCUAUACUCUCAAAAAAAGAUGACGAGAUGAAAUCACUGAAACAUUUGGCUUUCAAAAGAGAUUCAGAGUUGACGUCGUUAAACAAGGAGAGUGAAAAGCUUAAGUUCCUUGUGCAAGAAAGUGAGCGAGCCAUCAACUUCAUGAAGCAAGAAAUUACUGAAAAAGAGCAUGAACGAAAGAGUUUGAAAGAAGAUCUUCAGACAAAAAUGGCAGAGAUACGAUGUCUCCGGGAAGAAUUGGAAUAUAUGAAGAUCGACAAAUGCAAAGCGCUUGGUGCUUAUCCUGGCCUCAUAGAACACAUGAAAGCAACUGGGAAGACAGUGAAGGAACUGGAAGAUCUGAGACAUGUUUUUGAGCGUAAAGUAUGCGAUGACAAAGAAAGGAAAAUUUACUAUUUGGAAGGAGUGGUUGAGAGGCUGCAGCGAGAAUUGACGGAAAAGAAAGUGUUUAUUGAAAAGUUUGAAGAAAUGUCGACUGCAAAUGUUGGAAUUCAAGUAAAGGAAGAGGAGGUUUACAUUGUCGAGGGUCGAUUGGGUCACUUGGGUGAAACAUUUGAAGUCUACAAACAAAAUACAACUGAAAGCGAAUCCAUGUUGGGACAUGAGAAAAUUUCAUUGGACCACAAAGUUGACGAGAUAGAAACUCGAUUGUGUCAAAGGCAGAAGGAGAUUAAAGAAUUAAAGUAUUCACUGCAAACAAAAAUGAACGAGUUUGCAAGAAGUGAAAACAAACGAGAGCGAGAAGUUUUAAGAAUGCCUGUCAAUAAAGAUUGCAACUCCAGUGAAGUGGAGAUGGUUCAGUUGGCCAGUAAACAAACAACCAGUGCAAUGGCCGACAGAAUGCAGCAAGUGUUGGCAAAUAUGAAUACAAUGCACAUUGAGCUGGAGAGCAACAGGAAAGAAAGCACGACUAUGACAAAGAAAAACAAGGCCCUGAAAGAACGAGUAGAAACGUUACAGAAGCAAAUUGUUCAAAAUGACCAGGAGCAUUCUGAGCGGUUAAAUAAUGUUCUGGACAACGUCCGAUUAAAGAGAAAAGAGAUACAUGGUCUUAAGGCUUUGCUAAGAAACGCACAGGACAAGAUUGAAGUUCCUGAGGUAAGUUAG